AUGCUGCAGGUGGGGCUCAGCCUGCCCCGCUCCCCCGGGGGGGCGGACGGCGGCUUCCCCACGGAUGAGGGAGAUAACACAGGCACCGGGGAAGAGAUAUUUGGCUCAUCACCAGUCACUGUUGUGAUCACAUCAGAGGCUGACACCUGGGACAUCGACAUCUCCUCUUGUCUGGGCUGUGGACCGUUUGUGGACUGGGACAGGAUGCCAGACCCAGAGCAACAAACACAUAUCCCCCGAGACAUCCUCAGCAAGUCCCCGAAGGAGCUGAAGAAGCUGGCAAGAGAAGGGUACUGGGCAGUGAGCCGCGCUCUCAGAGCUCAGGUCUACCACCAGCUCAUACAGCAGGUCUCCUGCCGACUCAUCACCCCAGAUGCUCUUGUCUACAGGGACGUGGCAAGCCGGCUCUUUGGGAAGAUGAGUGUGAGCACCUACCCCCUGCCCGAGUUCCUAGAAGGGUGCUCCAUGCCCACAUACUGCCUCAACCCAGAAGGCAUCACCGCCUUGAAGAAGAUCCUCAUCUGUGUUGGCAACCUUUUCCCUGACAUAACCUACAGCCCAAUCCUCCCCUCGCUGGUGGCUCUGCUGCUGCACUACAGUGAAGAUGAAGCCCAGUGCUUUGAGAACAUCUCUCGCCUCAUCGCCAGCAACUCUCCCCACACCAGCUACAUUGACCAGUCCUUCCUGGCCCACCAGGCCUCCUGCAUGACUUUUGGGGAUCUGGCCAACAAGCACUGCCCAGCAGCCCACAAACUCAUAGCCAGCACCUCUGAGAAUGUCUUUGAGGUCUACUCUGAAUGGUUAUCAUGGCUCUUUCAUGACCUCCCCUUCAAUUAUGCCAUCCGUGUCUUUGAUGUCUACUUGCUGGAGGGGCAGAAGGUCCUGUACCGCAUUGCCCUGGCCUUGCUGAAGCAGUACAGGCUCUCGGUGACCUCCACCGAGCUGGAGGGGACUGACAUCAAGGCACACCUGCAGGCUUUUGUACAGAACAUUGCUGAGCAUGUGACUGUCGACAAACUCCUAGAGAGAGCCUUUGGCAUCCGGCUAUUCUCCCGCAAGGAAAUCUGGCUUCUCCAGAUGGCCAACAGGAAGGCAUUAAUGGAGAGGGGCAUAACCAUGGUGCAGAGCAGGCAGUCCUUCCACCUGGCCAUAGACAUGCAGAACUUCAGCUCCAGCAUUGUAACGGCUCAGGAGAUGCGCAUCAUCUGGUCCUGGAUCCCUGAGCGCUUCUCCCUCUCCCCCCCACUGCUGCUCUUCUCCACCUCAGAAGAUGGGUGCAGCCUGCAGAGGUUUUACACAUGCUGUGAAGGCUACGAACCAACAGUGCUGCUUAUAAAAACCACAGAGGGGGAGGUAUGCGGGGCAUUUCUCUCCUCCGACUGGAGCGAAAGGAAGAAGAGUGGGGCAACAUCCAGCUUUUUUGGGACAGGGGAGUGCUUUGUGUUCACUGUACGCCCCGAGAUGGAGAGAUACGAGUGGGUGUUCAUCAAGAAGCCGGAGCUGGCCAAAGCCGUACCACGCUCACGCCAGCGGUCACCUUCCCCUUCUCCUGCAUCUCUCCUCAGCUCCUCCCCAGAUGGCCGUAGCACCAGCUCCAACCAUCUCACCGUGCCCACACCACAGAGGAAAGGCCGUCUCUCCCCAUUUCUGGCCAUCAGGCAUUUCCUUCUGCCUUCCAAAACAGCCUCCAUGUUCAUGUGCGGGUCACGGGAGGGGAUCAUUAUCGGUGGAGGGGGAGGCCAAGCUCUGUCCCUUGAUGCCAACCUGCUGUGGGGGCGCACGGAACACUGCGAGACCUUCGACAACCCUCCACUCUGCCAGGAGAACUUCAAGGUGCAGCUCUUGGAAGUGUGGGGCUUUCAAAAUGCCUAGGUCCUGGGGGAGGCAGCCCCUCACCACGGCACUCAUGGGGAUGGGGAACCCUUGCCAUGCUGGCCGGCACUGGCCUGCCUGCUGUGGUCUCUGCCAGCAGUGCCACAGGCACCUCCACGCGGCAUCCUCCCCUUCACGGUCAGCUGAGGUGGUGCGGAGAGAGGGCAAUGUGAUGCCAGGAACAGGACUGGGGGUGCUGCCUUUGAGGACAUCUGAGAUCCCCUCCUGCAGUUUUAACCCAGCCUGCUCUACCCAUUCUGUCCCAGUUGAGGAUGCUGGAGGGGAGCUAAGCCAGUUCAGUGUUUCUCACACCACGCUGGCCUGUUCAGAGCUUGGAGCUCAACAGCAAGCCAGUGAUACAGCAGCACAAAGUAGAUUUUAUAGGAAUUUUAUGCCUGGGCAAAGCCCAGCACCAAGGUACAAAGCUCACCAGAAACACUCUCAGACCCCACCUCCCUCUGGUCCUAAGCCCAUCAGCACACAGAAUUCUGUAGCUGCUGCAGGUUACCAGGACUCUCUUUGUCCAUGGUUGAAAA